AAAUGUUUAAUUAAAAUUUUUAACAAUGUCUCGUCAAUCUACACGUUUAGAUUCAAAAAAAGUGAACUAAGCCGAUUUUUUUGUUAAUUUGGAUUCUAUGCAUAUAAAUACUUGUUUGUCAGUACAAAACCUUGCAAGGCAUAAAAAAGCAUCAUAAUAAGAGAUUUACAUAUAUAAAAAAAUCAAAAUGGAAAAUAAUGACAAUCAAAACAUUAAUAGCCAAAUUAAUCAAGUGCAAAAUGGGCAACCCGGUCACAUAAUAGUUCAGGGUGCUAAUGGCCAGCAGCAAAUUAUCCAACUAAACCAACAACCGCAACAAAGCGGAGCUACCGUUUUACCUCUUCAGGCAGCAGCCCAAAUAAUGCUUCAACAAGCUCAAGCAGCUCAAGCUGCUCAACAAGUACAGUUUCUGCAACUACCUGAUGGCCAAAUGGUUUUAUAUCAGCCCCAACCAACAACCCAAACAACUGUUUCAUUAGAUGCAUUGACUGGUAACCAAGGUCAACAACAAAUAAUAAAUAUCAAUGGACAGCUUAUACAGAUUCCAAUACAAAACCAACAAGCAACAAUUCAAUCUAGUCAGCCAUCUGUAAUAGUUUUACCACAACAAUCUUUACAGGCAGCGGCUGCAGCCCAAGCUCUGCAAGUUGCAGCAGCCGCAGGUCAAAUUGCAAACGUUCAAAAUGUUACAAAUUCGAUGCAACCGACAACAAUAGCUAAUACAGGUACUAUUAACAGCAUUGCAGAAAGUAAUCAGUCAUCAUCAAUGAAAACAGAAUCUAUAAACAAUGCAACAACAACAGCUUCUAGUAUGUCUGAUAACGCCCAAAUUGAGCCAGAGGAGGAACCACUUUAUGUUAACGCUAAACAAUAUAAGCGAAUUUUAAUAAGACGUCAGGCUCGAGCUAAAUUAGAAUGCCGAAUCCCUAAAGAAAGAAGUAAAUAUUUGCAUGAGUCUAGACAUCGUCACGCAAUGAAUAGAGUACGUGGUGAGGGGGGACGAUUUCAUUCAUGUUCAACAAAAGAUGGUGGUAGCAACGAUGUGCAAAAUCAACCAUUAAGUCAAGAAAUUAGACAAAUUAAUAGUAAUAUUAUAAACAGGACAAUUUCACAGCCCAAGUUAAUUGCACCUAUGCAUGGAAGUAUUACAAUAACACCUAUCAAAUGACAUCAAGAAGAAACAUUAAUAAUUAGAGAAGAUGAUUUAAUUGAUUUUAACUUUUAAUUUUGCAUUACUGUUUAUAUCUGAAUAUAAUUUGCGAGUGUAAACAUUUUUUAAAUCUUUUUAGUAACUUCAGUACUAGAUUUUAGGGUAAACCUUUCAUUUAAGACAAUACGUGUGUCUAUCAUUCAAUAGACAAUACUUGUGUACAUAAAAUAAAUAGUAAAUUAAUUUUUUUAAUAAAUAAUGUACCUACCGUAUAAAAAGAAAAAUAAAAAGUAAUCAUUUAAUGUGAUUUAUGAUUUCUCAACAUUUUGAUA